AGGCAUCCCUGCAUUUAUCUUCCAAUUUUAGGUAUUUUAUUAAUGCAUUUCAGCGCUGUUGCAUAUUUUGAGAGGUUUUGGCACAAAAAUUUCAGCUCUCCCUCCAAUGUUCUCUUCCCAUUCCAAUUCGAUUGAAACUGGAGUCAUGGCCAUCACCAUUUCGGCAGCCUUCUGAUACUGAUUCUAGUCCUCUGUACAGAACGAUCUCUAAUUUGAUAAAAGAACUGAGAUUUUUGAGCUACGCGUUUUAAUAUUACUGAAUUUCUCGCUGGAUUGAAGAACAUUUUGACUCAUGUGAAUGGAAGGCUGGGAGCAGAAAUAAGUCAGAAGAGCAUUCAGGAAUCAUUUGGUGAGGUGAUAUGGAGUGUAACAGAGAUGAAGCGCUCAGGGCCAAAUCAAUUGCUGAGACGAAGUUUGAACAGAAAGACUUUGUUGGUGCAAAAAAGUUUGUCCUCAAAGCACAGGCAUUGUUUCCGGGGCUUGAAGGUCUUUCCCAGUUGUCAACAGUCCUUGAUGUGUAUAUAUCUGCGGAAAAUAAGAUAAAUGGAGAAGUUGACUGGUAUGGAGUUCUGGGUGUGAGCCCCUCUGCAGAUGAUGAAACUGUGAGGAAACAGUACAGGAAAUUGGCUCUUAUACUUCACCCUGAUAAAAACAAGCAUCUAGGUGCCGAUGGUGCAUUUAAACUCCUCUCAGAGGCUUGGAGCUUGUUGUCUGAUAAAGGUAAUAGAUUAAUGUAUAACCAGAGGAGAAGUUCAACAAGAGGAGGAACUCAGCAAAAAGCUCCAGUGCAUUCCAGUGCCCCCACCCGAGCAAAUGGGUUUCAUAAUAACCUCAGUGGUAAUGCUAGUGUGCCACCUACUUCUCUCCGCCCUCCGUCAAAACCAAGAAACGACACUUUUUGGACCAUUUGCCGCCGGUGCAACAUGCACUAUGAGUAUCUGAAAGUAUAUCUCAACCAAACGCUCCUUUGCCCCAAUUGUCGCGAGGCAUUCAUGGCCAAAGAGAUGCCUCCACCUCAUUCAGUCCCUCGGCCACAACAUCCAAUGAAUUCAGUAAGAACUGCCACACAUGGAAAACCACCAACAGGCAGUCAUAGUUCUGCUAACGGGCGGGCGCCACAUCCUGGAAAGGCUGGAUUUGGUGAAAGCACUGAUCCCUCAAUUGCGGUUAAAGCAGCAAAUGUCGUACAGCUGGCACACGAGAGAAUGAAAAGAGAACGUGAGGGUUCACAGAAUGCUUAUGACUCUGUUUUGAAAAAUGAAACUCUCAGUAAAAAGAUGAGACUAGGCGAAGAGAGUAAUCGGCACGCCUCAAAUCCAACACAUUGUUUUUCAGGUCGGCAUACAAGGGAAUUGACACCACAUGAGACUAACAAGAUUCUGAUGGUGAAAGCUAAGAAGGAGAUUCUCAAAAAGUUGAGUGUGUGGAGAUCAGAAACUGUGCGCAAGGUGGCUCCAGGUAAAGAGAAAGAGAAGGUUAAAGAGAAAAAGAAUGGAAAAGAAAAGAGCAACAACAAGAAUGGAAAAUUGAAUUUGUCUUCUGUGAAAGAAGUGGAUGAUUUGAAAUCUCCUGCUUCUGUUGAUGAGCACGUGGACAAGGAAGAUCCUACAGCAGCAACUAUGAGUGUUCCGGAUCCAGAUUUUCAUAAUUUUGACCUGGAUAGAACUGAAACUUGCUUUCAAGAGAAUGAAGUUUGGGCAGCAUACGAUGAUGAUGAUGGCAUGCCCCGUUUCUAUGCCUUGAUCCAUAAGGUUUUGUCAGUGAAACCCUUCAAACUGAAACUUAGUUGGCUUAACUCAAAAACCAAUACCGAAUUCGGUCCGAUAAAAUGGGUAUCAUCGGGUUUCUACAAAACGUGUGGUGAAUUCAAAGCUGGAAGAGCUGAACAGAGCAAGUCUCUUAAUGCUUUCUCACACAAGGUUAAGUUUUCCAAGGAACCUCAUGGAGCUGUUCACAUUUUCCCACAGAAAGGGGAGGUGUGGGCUCUUUUUAGAAACUGGUCUCCCGACUGGAAUGAGCAGACCCCUGACGAAGUGAUACACAAGUAUGACAUGGUAAUAGUACUCGACGACUAUGAUCAGGCAAAUGGUGUCUCGGUUUCUCCACUUGUUAAGGUCAGUGGUUUCAAGACGGUGUUUCAUCCUCAUGCUGACCUCGAAAAGGUAAAACCAAUACCAAAAGAAGAGAUGUUUCGUUUCUCUCAUCAGGUUCCGAGCCAUGUGCUAACGGGCGAGGAAGGUCCAAAUUCUCCAAAGGGUUACGUAGAGCUGGACCCUGCCGCCACUCCAUUGGAACUUCUUCAGGUAAUAACAACAGAUGCUACUGAUGAGGUGCAAACAAUGCAGAAGAAAGGAGACGUUACAGAAGAUGUUAAUUAAGGAAUUGCAAAGUUAGAUUGGGGAUUUAGAUAGACAUGAUGAAUUAUUCAUUUUGAAAUAUAAGUCUCUAGCUAUUGAAUGUUUUUGGACCAUUCAAGGAUGACUGUAGUUGAAGGAGAUUAUAUGAGGUGCCGAAGCAGAAGAAGAAAGAAAACAAGAUGGAUGUAUGCUUUUGUGAAUGGAGGUAACUCUUAACACCAUGAUGUUUUUUGGUACUGCAAAGAGAUCUCAAGUUAAGAUUGUGUUAUGAUAGCUGGGUUUUUUGUGUUAUGGUUUUUUAUAUGGGAUGGCCUUUUGACAAGAUGAUAAAACAAUUAUGUUGAU